GAUCGAAUUAAUAAUAUUGAGAAUGAUACUAAAAUAGUAAAAACAUCAAGAACAAAAUCUCGAAGAAAAAAAUAAAAAAUAUAUUUGAUAUUAAAUCUCCUCUAUUUAUUCAUAUUAAAAUUGGAUCGAAACAUAUAACGUUAAAUAAUCUUUUAAAAAAAAGACUUUAAAAAAAGAAAAAAAUUGAAAAAUUGAAUUUGAAAAAAAAAUAAAAAGGAAUACGUAGCAACAUAAGGCGCUACUGUCGUUCUUUACUAAUAUAUUUCUUUUCAUAUGAAACUUCCGCUUCCGAAAACUUGAGACUAAGUCAUUGAAUUAUACGGAAGAAUGGCAAAGUCUAAAAAUCAUACUAAUCAUAAUCAAAAUCGUAAAGCUCACCGUAAUGGUAUCAAAAAACCAAAACGUUAUAGGCAUGAAUCUACACUUGGUAUGGAUCUCAAAUUCUUAAGAAAUCAACGUUUUGCCAAAAAACAUAAUUUAAAACCCAAAGAACAAUUAAAAAGGGCAGAGAAACGUAAAGCUCUUCGUGAAGCUAAAAAAUAAUUUUUUUUUAAUAUCAAUGAUUUUAUUGUAAUAAAAAUUUAAAAAAU